GGGGUGGAGAGUAACACUGGAGAGCAGCAGUGGUCCAGCCCCUCAGAAUAUGAAAAGCAUCACAGGAGCCUCUGGAUAAAGACCAGCCUCAGAAGCAAGGAGACAGAGGAUUUCUGCUCAGUGAUAAAACAUGAAACAGAUGUGAGGAAGCAGCAUGGAGCUCAAGAGAGGAAAGACCUUCAUAAAAUCCAGUGUGCAACAUGAGAAAGUGCCACCAGUGCAUACAGCUCCUACCAACAAAGAUGAGAUGGGGAAAGACAAAAAGGUAGCUCUAGAGGGAAACCAAAGUGUGGCCGAAGUCCAGCUGGCAUGUUUGGCCACACACAAGAGCUACAGAUUUUCUACCAGAGCAACAAAGAAUGGAGCUGGUGACCACAGCCUGGAAAAAUCAUCUGGGUCCUCCUACAAACUUGUAAGGAAGAGUAAAACCCACGAGUGCGUUGCUGAGGCAGACAAAGCAGGGCACUGCAGCCCCAGCAGCAGGGCGUGUGAGGAGGGGUUUUCUGGAAAGGGUAAGGGCAGACUUGUCAACAGCAUCAGCUUUUCAGGGAUGUCCAGCUCCAGCAGUAAGAAGGAGUGUGUGGUCAGCCCCAGCCAGUCUGCCUGCAGCAGUCAGAUGAUUGAUUAUAGGAACUUUGUGCCACAGAUGCCUUUUGUACCAGCUGUCGCGAAAACCAUUCCCAGGAAGAGGAUUUCCCUCAAGAGAUCUAAGAAAGGGCUCAGAGAUAUAUUUCAUAUAAGAAAAAAUAAACCAGACAGCCUCACAUUUCUGGUUGAGAAGGACAAGAACCUGUCCUCUCCAGGUUGCAAGAGUGAGUUGCCUGGGCGUCUUGCAAAGUAUCUUUUCAAAACUGGAGAAACGUUUGCAGCUGAUUGUUUGUCACAGGACUGCUCAGACAGUGAACUGCAGUCUGACUCCUCCUAUGACUGCUGCAAUGCCCUGUGUGAAGAUGUUGCCUCCCUGAAGAGCUUUGACUCCCUCACCGGCUGUGGGGAAAUCUUUGCUGAUGAGAGCUCUGCUCACCUGGAGCUGGAGAACAGCAAAGACCUUCUGCUGAGGCGAAGCAAGCACAAAGAUAGCCCUGUCAUGGGCUCUUUCCAAGGAGGGGUGGAGCAGCUGGCCUCUCCUGGCCAGAAUGAGACUGUGGAAUUUGCAAAGUUUUGGGACAACAUCAACAAAUCAGUACGGCUACAUCAGAGUGCUCUGUUUGAAAAGAAGCUGCUGAAGAUACCUGGUUCUGACACAGAAAAGAUUAAAAGUCAGGCUGCCAUAUUGGUGACAAGCCCCCAGGUGUCACCUGAUAAAGAAGGAGACAAUUCCAAAGACAGCUCCACAGAAACAGAAACACCGAAAAGUGAAAACCAGGAAUCCACAUCCACAAGCGAUGAGGGAUACUAUGAUUCCUUCUCUCCUGGACAAGAUGAUGAACUGAAGGAAGCUCAGACCCCUGGUGUCCCAGGUAGAUUCCCAAGAGACAGCUACAGUGGAGAUGCUCUUUAUGAGCUAUUCUAUGACCCAAAUGAAGUCAAAACAAACCCAGUCCUUGAUGAUGACUUGUGCACAUCAGAAACUGUUUCAGAGCAAGCCAUUGAGAUCCCUCUGUCCAUUUACAGCUUUCACGUUGGAGCUGAGGAGAACAUGGCUUCCCAACCAACUCUAGACAUUAUCAGCCAGGGGUUUUUCCACAGCUCGUGGAAAGGCAAAGAAUGCUUGCUAAAGCUCUGUGAUACUGAGCUCUCACUGACUAUGGGGAUUAUAAACUGGCUGCGAAGACACUCAGGACUCAUUUCCUCCCCUGACUCUCUUCAGAGUCCUCAAUCACAGCCAGAAAAGUCCAAUGAUUCAUCAGUCCUGCCCAGUCCCAGUCCAGAGCAGGAACUGAGCACAGAAGCUCAGCAGGAGAAACCAAGCAAGGAAGAUUCUAAUGCAUUUAAUGUAUGUGUGUCUUUGGAUGAAAGCAAAUACACAGCCCAGGCCUCUUCAGUAAACAUUGCUGAAAGAGACCACAACCUGGAGUCCUGCCCAAACACAUCUAAUCUGGAUUUCCAAGGAAGAGAAGGGAGUCACCACAAGGAUUUUUCUACAGUGCCUGGGAUUGUGGAAACCACCAGAUCAUCAAGUUAUGCACCACAAUCACAGGCUAAUGGAGGCAACCUGCAGACAUCUUCAACUGACAACGAGAAGGUGGCAAUUUCAUUGGGGUGUGAGACAUCUGGAGCUAAAAACCCACUGCCGGAAAAGUUGAACAGAGAGAAUGGCUCCCAGAGCUCUGAAAAUCCUUCAUUAGAUGAUAAUCACGAAGUAGAAUCAUGUUACUCCUACAAGACUGCUGCAACCUCACUCCUAGAUCCCCUUGAGAGGGAGGACAGAAACAAGCCAGUGUAUCACUCUCUCUCUAUUUCCUGUGACAAACCACCGCAGCCUCUCACCCUCAGACACUUCCAGAGCUACAUUAGCCCCACACCAACAGAGAGCAGCACUAACAUAGUGCAGCUCUUAGAGCACUGUGUAACACAGGUGGCAUCAUUAAAAAUCAGCUAUGAAAACAAGCAGCUGGAGGACAAAUACAUCGGGAAUGAAAUGAACAGUAUCAUUCAUAAGAUGUCUCGGUACAAAAACAAGUUAUUGUUGCAAAAUGAAUGCAGCUGCAGUGCUCAAAAUCCAGAAUACACCAGUAUUCCUAGCACAAACCAAUAUAACUACGAGACAAGUUUACAAUCCAGCAGUCUGUAUUUGAAGCAAAAUGGGGAGCAAAUUUGCUCUGAAGAUCAGAAAAGUAAAGCAAAAAUCCUCGAUGAGGUCACUGGAAGUAAGAUAAAUUUUGAAUAUGCCCAGCUAGAUAAUCAAGCGCUCUCCUAUUUAAAGGACUUCAGUCUCAGCCCAAGUGACUCUGCCUCUGCAACAUCUCUUAGCAGACCAACGUUUUUACCUCUCUUUAACUCUGUCUGCUCAGACAUACCUGCCACGUUCUCAGGCAGCACUGCUGUCUCUGUAGCUGACUCGCUGCAGCUCCAGGAGGCCAAGCAGCGCAGCUCAGGGCCCUGGGCUUACACAGAGACCCCCUGCCAGGGCCUGGCUGGAAGAAGCGUUCUGUCCCCUCUCCUAGAGGCAGUGGCCCCGGAUACAGCAGUGACAGCGAGGAGCCAUCAGUAACAUACCUGCAUGGAGAAGGUACAACGCUGAAGAAUUCAUUUGUAGAUAUGGACGUCCCCCCAACAUACAAUACAGCAUGACACAGUUCCAGGAUGCUCUACCGAGAUCAGAAUCAACAAAGAUUUCUCUCUAGAGAUCUCAUCAGAGGUGUUGCACCAGAAAAUCAUGCUAGUCUGUCUAACUGACUAACAGUUAGGAGUUCCUGACAACCAUGCACACCCCUGAAGCCAUGCUUGCAGAUGGCUGGUAACUAAUACUCUUUUUUUAAAAACACAACCAACUUCAGUAGGAUUUUGUAAAAAGCCAUGACAUGGCAAGGUUUAAGAGCAAAAGACAGCAUAUUUCUGUCACAUUGUGCCACACAGCAACUGAAAAUACCACUAUAUUUUUAAAACACAGGUAUGUGCAGAAUGAGCUUUCACUUGGAAGGCUGUUAUGAAGAGGUAAAAUUGUUUUUCAUUGUGCUAAUUUUUCUUUAAUUUUAGAGAAAAGCUCUAUAUAUUUUAUGACAACUGUUUAACCAUCUUAAAGCAACAAGGUUCUAGACUGCAGAUUAUAUUGGUAUGGCAAGGUUUACUGCCUGGGGAUAGGUAUUUUUUAAACAAAAAAAAUAUCAGGAAGCAGAUACAGUAUGCCCUGUAUUGUCCAAAGACAUGUAUUUAUCAUAGCAGAAACUGUGAAUAAUGAGUUAUACUUGCAAAUCACCAUCAAAAAGAUAACUUCUUUGAUUUUGUUUUAAAUGAAAGUACGUUGUUUAUAUCCAUGAAAAUGGCUGCACUCAAUCUUACACAAAGUUGUCUUCUUCUAAUUUAAAUACCAGUCUCAAAGGACUAGACAAGAUACAUUGUUAACUCAGUUUUCAGAUUUUUAUGGCAUUCUUGGAGUCAGUUUAACAGAACAGUCGUUGUUUUCAUACCCCAGUUUGAAUCUGGUCUUGGCUGUCUCUUACUCUGAGAAUAAGCUGAAAAAAAACAACAACUGUGCUUUGUAAACGGAACCCGAUGAUCCAAUGGUCCCAUGUGGCCAUGGUAUGUUUAAAGAGAUCUUAAUAACCUCCUCAUCCAGUAUCCUGCCUCAGACAGGAUUUACAGGCAGUAUCUUUGCCCUGAGGUUUGCUGUCAUGGGGAAAAGUGGAAGAAGAACCUAUGAGGUUGGGACUGCAGCAAGGGAAAAACAGAUUAGACUGGAUGCCUGAAUUUUGAUGUCUCAAGAUCAUUUCUACGUUCAGUCAUUUAUAAUGUAAAGAAUAUAUAACCACAGCAUUUAAGGGAUGCCUGCAUUUGGAAGAAUUUGGAUUUAAAAAUGCAUGAUGCUCCAAGACUGGUGUUUUUAAAUGAAAUCACAUCCCCUAGAUAGAGAAUUUUCUCAGUAUUACUCUACACUUUACAAGAGGAGAGCUUCUCUCUCCAACACCCCAAGACUGCCAAUACAAAUCAACUUUCACAAUGCAGUCAAUUUACCACAA